GCUACGGUCCCGCACGCGCGCCAACGGGCCGAGGGACCCAGAAGGCGGUGUCCCCCCCGCCGUCUCUUUUCGCGCCCCGCGCGCACGAGCACGCGAAGGCGGCGGCCCCUCCCUGCCGUAGGCCCAGCAGCUCCAUCCUCUUUUUUUUUUUUUCCCCUUUUGCUUUUUUUAGACUCAAGCAAGGAUUAAGCUUUCGAAGACGGAGGAUGCGAUACCCGCCCUCCCCGCUCAGAAUCGCGAGCCCCUGGAAUUCCUAACAGACGUUUUCCUCCACCCCAGGUUUUUCAAAGAAGAUGAAUUUGGCUGAGAUUUGUGAUAAUGCUAAAAAAGGAAGAGAAUAUGCACUACUUGGAAAUUACGACUCUUCCAUGGUUUAUUACCAGGGUGUCAUCCAGCAAAUUCAACGGCAUUGUCAAUCGAUCAGAGACCCAACAUUAAAGGGCAAAUGGCAGCAGGUUCGGCAAGAAUUAUUAGAAGAAUUUGAACAAGUAAAGAGCAUUGUUAACACCUUAGAGAGUUUUAAAAUAGACAAGCCUACGGAUAUUCCUGUAUCUUAUCAAGAUGAACAUUUUAGAGAUCCAAUUGUGUGGCCACCUCCUGUUCCAGCUGAGCACAGAGUCCCACCUCAGAUAAAACGACCCAAUCGAGAAGUGAAACCUCUGCGGAGAGAAUUGCCAGGAUUACAACGGGGACCUGUGGGCAGAGCUCAACCAAUAUCAAAAAAUGAAAAACCUGCUAGUAGUCGAGAGAGGGAAUCUAAAGGAAAAGGGAAAGAUGAAAAGGGAAAGAAGAUCCCCCAGGAUGGUGGUGGUGACAGUGAAAUUCAGAAAUUUGAUGGAACAGGAUAUGAUAAAGAUCUGGUUGAAGCUCUUGAGAGAGAUAUUGUAUCAAGAAAUCUAAGUAUUCAUUGGGAUGAUAUCGCAGAUUUAGAAGAAGCCAAAAAAUUAUUAAGAGAAGCAGUUGUUCUUCCACUGUGGAUGCCAGAUUUUUUCAAAGGAAUCAGAAGACCUUGGAAAGGAGUACUUAUGGUUGGCCCUCCUGGGACUGGUAAAACCAUGCUAGCAAAAGCCGUCGCUACAGAAUGUGGAACUACAUUUUUCAAUGUGUCUUCUUCCACUCUCACAUCAAAAUAUCGAGGCGAAUCUGAAAAAUUAGUCCGUUUGCUGUUUGAAAUGGCCAAGUUUUAUGCACCUACGACCAUUUUCAUUGAUGAAAUAGACUCUAUCUGUAGUCGCAGAGGCACUGUGGAUGAACACGAGGCAAGUCGCCGAGUCAAGUCAGAGCUGCUGGUUCAGAUGGAUGGUGUAGGUGGAGCGCUGGAGAAUGAUGACCCUUCAAGAAUGGUGAUGGUGCUUGCUGCUACAAAUUUUCCCUGGGAUAUUGAUGAAGCUUUGAGAAGGAGACUGGAAAAAAGAAUUUAUAUACCUUUGCCAACAGCAAAAGGCAGAGUGGAGCUGCUUAAGAUUAAUCUCCGGGAAGUUGAACUGGAUCCUGACAUUAGUCUGGAAGAAAUUGCUGAGAAGAUUGAAGGCUACUCUGGUGCUGAUAUCACUAAUGUCUGCAGGGAUGCCUCAUUGAUGGCGAUGAGGCGACGCAUUAAUGGCUUGUCACCAGAGGAGAUCCGGGCCCUCUCUAAAGAAGAACUUCAGAUGCCCGUCACCAAGGGGGACUUUGACUUGGCUCUGAAGAAAAUCUCGAAAUCAGUUUCAGCUGCAGAUCUGGAGAAGUAUGAGAAGUGGAUGUCAGAGUUUGGCUCUGCUUAAUCCUGGAGACAUCUCUUUAUGAAGGAUUUUAGAUUUUUAAUUAUAAAACAUUGGAAGGAUUUCGAAACCUUUUAGGCUUGUGGUUUUCUUAUGGACAAUAUUCCUCUUUUUUUCCUUUUUGCACUUUUAGGGGAACAAAUGAAAAUGUAAUGAGGUCAUAGUAUUCCAUAGAAGAAGCUUGAAAUGGAGAAAUCCUUAUCUAGUUUUGGUGUUCUGCACUUUAACAGUGAAUGCCUGUGUCCUAUUUUUGUUGACAUAGUUUCAUCUGCUAAUCAGACAUGAGAUUGGAUGGGAAGAAAUUAAAAUAAGUAAUACUGCAUUCUUAAUAUUAGGCUAUAUUUGUUAGAUUAGCAUCAGAUCCGGAUUACCUUAAAUGUGGGUGAAAGGUUUUUAUUUUGUUUUUUCCCCUUUAUGCAGAGAUUAUCAGUAUGAUCUACAUCAAAAAUAUUGGGGAUCGUUUUAUGUUGCAUUCAGGUUGCUAUGGCUACAAUAAUAUUUGCUACAAUUCAGUAAUAAAGCAAAACUGUUUUAGUUUUCCCCUAUCUGCUGUUCUCUUGAUAUAACAGCUCCCAUAAUUUCCAGAAACCUUUGGGAAGGCUGGGAAUUCUGGUAAUUGCAUUCCAAAUGCACCAGGAGGGUACACAAUUCAGGAAGAGUUAAGUUAUGAGGGAAAGGAGAUAUAUGUCUCCGAAGACAGCUCUUGAUAUCGUACCCAUCACUUGUGGAAAUUUGAAAAACAAUUUUGAUCUGUGCAUGUCUACUAUACCCAGCAGCAGAUUAAAUGCAAUUACUGGUAGCUCAAUUGCUUGCAUCAAAAUCGGAAGCAUUGGGAUUUGACAACUUGCUUUAUAUUUUUGUUAUUUGAAAUUUCAGAACCACUGUUGCUCUUGUUUCUGCUUUACACUGAUAUAUAACUAUAGCAAUUUCUGUGUACCACUGUGAGCGAGGAAAAUAUUAAUUCUUCAACUAUCUUAGUCAUUCUAAGACUGUAUGCGUAUGUAUUCCAAUGGCUACUGAUUGAAUUUAACAUUAAUUUAUAUUUUAUGAAUAGUGUUCAUAAAGUGUUGUGUGUUUACAAUAUAGGAUAUUGAAAUGGAACACAGUGACACUCCAAACUUGAAGCUAUAGAAUUGUUCUUGAAAUCCAAGAUUACUCUGUUCUUUUCCUUUUUUUAGAAAAAAAGUUCUUUUAAUAUUUGUCAUUGGUCAUUUGUAUAACAUGCUGUUCCCAGAUGUAGCAAUGUAUAUUCAUGCCUAAAUAUUUUUUUUUAAUGGUGUACAUGGGAAGUGUUACAAAACAGUGUCAUCUUUUAUGAGGUCUACAGUAUGUAGACAUGAAGUAUAGUUGAGAUCUUAAAGUGAUCCUCUGAAUGAGAGGAACUGGUUUAUUUAUUUAUUUGAAGAAAGAUAUGUGAUAAAAAGUCCUGGCAGACUUUGAUUUUGAAUGUGGCUAUAGAAAAGUUAACAUGGAUUGAGAUUUCCAAACCAAACUGUCUACAUCAGGGGUCUUCAACCUUGGUCCCUUUAAG